UUUUUCAAUGCACAGGUACCCCCUCUAAGGAAACAUUGGUCAUUCUAAGGAGGAAGCCAUAUUGGAAAACAGAGGGCAGUGUUGGUCCAUCAAAACGCCCCAUAACAGCUGAAACUCUUUAUUGUGUACUAUAACAGGACUAUUUAAAGUGGCUUUUAGACUGCCAUGACAACCAUGAAUCCGGAAUAUGAUUACCUGUUCAAACUGCUUUUGAUUGGAGAUUCUGGAGUGGGAAAGUCUUGCCUUCUGCUCAGAUUUGCAGAUGAUACUUACACAGAAAGUUAUAUCAGUACCAUUGGUGUUGAUUUUAAAAUAAGAACAAUAGAAUUAGAUGGGAAAACAAUCAAGCUACAAAUAUGGGAUACAGCGGGUCAAGAAAGGUUUCGAACUAUAACAUCCAGUUACUACAGAGGCGCUCAUGGGAUUAUUAUAGUGUACGAUGUCACAGAUCAGGAUUCCUUCAAUAAUGUUAAACAGUGGCUCCAAGAAAUAGAUAGAUAUGCUAGUGAAAAUGUAAACAAGCUUUUAGUUGGCAACAAGUGUGACUUGACUACCAAAAAAGUAGUAGAUUACACAACGGCCAAGGAAUUCGCUGACCAGUUGGGCAUUCCCUUUCUAGAAACAAGUGCAAAGAAUGCCACAAAUGUUGAGCAAGCCUUCAUGACCAUGGCUGCAGAGAUCAAGAAUCGCAUGGGCCCACCAGUUUCAUCAACAGGAGGAGAUUCCAAGUCAAAUGUGAAAAUAAACGCUAGCACGCCAGUCAAACAGAGUGGAGGUGGAUGCUGUUAAAACUAGCUGAUUAACCCUGGGGGGAGGGGAAGUAAAUAGUGAUAAAUGGUGGAGAUGUUAAAUAAGUUAUUUCAGCAAAUGGAAUACUGGAAUAAACACAGGCCCCAGUCAGAUAUAUUUUAUUUAGCUGAAAUCACCUACUCUGGCCAUUGCUCUUAUAACCAAGAUUAAGGUGACGUUAUUUUCUCAUCUUUCUGCAUCAUGGACUGUAUAUUUGAAGUGACUGGUUUUGGUGCAGAAAUUUAAAGGGAUGAUCAGCAAACUUUUUUUCCUUUUUAAAUUUUUUUUCUUUUAGUAGGCUGAUUGAGAAAGUUGAAGUAACUGCGUAAUUAAAGACAAGGUCAGAUUAUAAUGAGAUGAUACUAGAAAAUGCCAAACGUCAAUAUAAUAUUUAUCUCGCACUGUGAGGUGGUAAUUGAUGGAGUGUCGAAGCAAGUUUGGAAAACCAUAUCGGUGCACAAGUUGUUCCUGGUAUGUUGUACGCUAAUGACAAAACUUUUGUACAGAAGUUAGAAAUGUAAUUAUUAUUAUUAUAACAUUAACUAUCCGAUAUGUGGGCUUAGUCAAAGUAUAGAUAAUUCCUUUUGGGGGUAAUGUUCUGUGUCCUUUGUGUUUGGAUGUAGCUGUCAAUGUUUGAUAUGGGGACUUGCUUUGUAGUGUUAACUUUCAUUCAUUCUUUCAUAGAGUUAAUUACAGCAUAUCCAUUGCAUUCUACACCGCCAAGCAAAGCCCCAUGUUAAGGAACAAGAUCGGACUUAUAUAAAAGUUUUCAGCUUUUGUAUGUAUGUAUAGGUGAAUAAGCUGUGCACAAUGUACACUUUACAUAAAUUGUAUCCUCUGUUAAUAAAAGUAAAUAAGGAUAUUAAAUAUGAUUAUAUGUACCAAUAUAUACUGUGA